AUGGAUCUGAAUAGAGAGCCAACUGUACAGGUCGUCAUCAACGGCCGUCCGCAAUCGCAACAGCCCUAUGGCACUACCAUGUCAUUCCCAAUUCAGCCUAGACCGCUGUCUGUGGAUGAGGCGCUGCAGUACUCCUCCAUGUCCAGUGCUCCUGUCUUUGGGCUCGACUGUGUUAUACGACCGGACGUUGGUCGCCCAUCCAAUACUACCUCUAUAAACCAUGUUUUGCAGGCAGGCCGCCAGACAUUGAACGAACUGGAUACGGAGAUCCAGUCUGGACUGGACGAGUCCAGCCGCCUGGAGACGUCUCGAGAAUACCUUGAACAAUUGCUGGAUGGAGAACAACUGACGGAAUUCAAAUUCAAGUUUCCUCCUACUCUCAGUCAUGGUCAACAGCCGCAUUCAAUCGCCUCUGUUGGAAUUUCUUCCCUCCACAGCACGCUGGGUCCUUUUGCAAAAAUGAUUCUGGAAUCCACAAAAAUAGCAUUUAGAUACCCCGAAACAUCUGCGCCGGCGACAAUAAAAGUGGAAAAGAACGAGCCAAUACCGAAGGCUUUGAUCCCUCCGAACCAAGAGGCAUACGUCGCAAACAAGUCUCAAUCUGCGUCCUUUGAACCGAUCUCACGUUCUUCGAGCCAAGUUUCUGUUGUCAUCCCAAUGAAACCUACGCCUUCAAACCCCAAGCAGCCAAAACCAAAGCCGAAUAUUGAUCGAGAGGACAUGAUGACUGACGUACGGCUGAAAGAUCAGAAGGCGGAAGCAGAUGACGCGCUGCUUAGGCUACAAGAUCUUCUCCAAGAAGUCUUUGAGGCGGAAGAUCAGAUUGAACCAGGAGCGACAGUCGGACCAACGGCCGACAGACCGAAUCCGCUUUUUAUGAACACGAGAUCAUUGGAAGUACAUGGCUUGGUGCUCUCCUCGGAUGCUCAUAACCGCCUCCAAAAGGCUCUUCGGAAAGUUUCCGGUUUUGACAGGCUACAGGAUAUUCCAUCCGACUAUCUCAAACGAAUCCAGAAACUUUGUGAAACCCCUAUUCUUGCUGCCCAGUCUGCGCAGCUUACUUUACAUGACCCAUCCAGUGAAAGUGAAGUUCAAGAAUGGACGGGCAAAGUGGAGGAUAUUCUGAGUUCAUUGCUUGCUAUUGGGACCCUUUUGCAAACAAUGUCCGGGCGACAGACAGAACGUGAUCUGUGCCCUGAGGAUCUCAUCGAGGCUAUUCCACCAGUAAUUGAGCAAAUUUUUGAUCAUUGCAUCAUUCCUGCUGUUGAAUCACGCCCCGGUGGCAAGGAUGCUGAUCUCUUCAAGUUCUUCUCAGCUCAGCGACGUCUUAUCGCAAGUCUUAUUCACCAGAGCAAGAAAGCUUUGACUCUUUUUGCGGAUUUUCUAUCUCGAAUCGAGGUCCAUGAGACUCCAAUCAACUCGGUCUUGUUUUUUGCUGCGAAGUUGAUAUUUGUCGAGAAUGCUCACAACGAUCGGGAUUCUGCAGUUGGUUCAUCAAAAUUUGAACCUGCCAGACGUGGGGCAAUGGAUGUUCUUGCAAAAAUCUUUUCCAAGUACCCGGAUCAGCGCUCUUAUAUCUUGAAUCAAAUCCUCGGAUCUUUGGAAAAACUUCCAUCUACCCGUCAAAGCGCAAGGCAAUUUAAACUGGCGGAUGGGAAAAGUAUCCAACUUCUGACUGCCUUGGUUCUUCAGCUUGUGCAGACUACUGCUUUGGAAACACAACGCUCCAAGGCCAAACUUCGACUGCAGGCCACAACAGAAGACGAUGAUGACGAACUCAUGGGUGACGCUAAUGAUACCAAGGAACCAGAGCCUGACGAUGACUGUGAGGAGCUAGAUGAAUCUCUAGAACGACUAGCGGCUAAAGUUAAUCGACUAUAUGACAACGCAGUGCGCAGUGCGCAGUACAUUGUGAAAUUUAUAGUUCACCGUGCUAUGAAUGCGACAAAAAGCGGCGACCAGCCAUUCCGCAAUAUUCUUGACCUCUUCACUGAAGACCUAAUCAAUGUCCUUGGGUCUACAGAUUGGCCCGCGUCUGAGCUGCUUCUUCGAAUCAUGGCAUCUCACAUGGUUGGUAUCGCAGAUCUUGACAAGAGCCCCGCUACAGCUAAGAGCAUGGCUCUUGAACUUUUGGGUUGGAUGGGGUCUGCUAUUUCAGACCUCAUUGCCACCGCCCAGCACAUGCUUCCUGCUUUGGAAGAUUCGGACAGUGACCUCACAGAUUGUCUAAAGCACCAGUUCGAGGAUUUUUCGUCGCGAGCACUUCAUCCACAAGAUCUGGUCGCUCCAAUAGGCCCUUAUCGAAUGGCCCUCGAGUAUAUUUCUCAAGACAAGAAUUCCGAUAAUUCGCAGCUGACUAGUGCACGGGGCUACUAUUUAGCUCAGUGGGCAAAAACUGUCUGCAACCUCUACUACAAUUCCGACGACAAAGAAGAAAUAGUACACGAUAAUGUGACUGAUGAAUUGGUGGUACUCUUGUCAAGGUCUUUCUCCGACUCGCGCUGGUUGGAGACGCACAAACAAUUUCAUGUCAUCUCGAAUGUGCACGGGAGGUUUGCCUAUAUAUUGACUGUCCUGAACUCGGGCUUUGGGAAAGCUUUUGAUACUAUCCUCAAAGUUCUCCUCAACUCGAUCGCCAGCGACCAGGCUAAGGUCCGCAGUCGAAGUCUGAAAAGUGUCAUUGAAAUGCUUGAAAAAGACCCAACUCUUCUAGACCGGGACGCUUCGGUACUACGUUUGAUUCUUCGUUGCACCACAGAUGCCUCACCAAUGGUUCGUGACUCUGCAUUGUCUUUGAUUGCGAAAUGCAUCGGACUUCAACCAAAAUUGGAAGAAGAAGGAUGUCGUAGUAUCCUGGCAUGUGCAGGUGACCCAACUGCUGGCGUUCGUAAACGCUGCAUCGGAUUGUUGAAGGACCUAUACCACAAGACUUCUCGUCACGAAUUAAAAUUAGCCAUUCUGGAUAGCUUCCUUCUACGAACUGGUGACCACGAGGAAGGCGUCGCAAGCUUGGCUCGUCAAACUUUUGAGGAGAUAUGGUUAGUGCCCUUCCACGCAACAAUCGACUCCACAUCCGAAGGGCCAAAGCUACAGAUAGCACUCAGUGAACAGGUCGGUCUGAUUGUCGGCCUUGUUCAGCGCAGUGACAAUGCCCUUGAUUCUCUUGGUACAUGCCUGAAGGCAGUGCUCUCGGACAAGUCUAAGUCAGCGGCAAUGAACUUCAAGGUUUGCAAAAUGAUGGUAUCUAUCAUGUUCCAAAGGCUUGUGGAAGAUGCACCUGCAAAGGAGUUCUUGCAGUCUCUCCUUCAGACUAUCACCGUCUUUGCUAAAGCAAACGCGAAGCUUUUCAGCCCGGAUCAGCUGGAGGCUUUACACCCAUAUAUCGGCAACCUUGCAACUGCGGACGAUCUCUUCAUGUUUCGAUCAGUGGUUGUUAUCUAUCGCUGCAUUCUGCCGUACCUAUCCUCAGCACAUAAUAAACUUCUGAAGGACGUGCAAAAUGACCUUUUCAAGAGCGUUGCUAAACUAUCCCGCUCUGAAUUGAAUGAGGUCAUGGCAUGCCUUUGGACUAUUAAUGGUGUCCUACAAAACACAGACAGGCUGGUUAAACUGACAAUCUCUGUUCUCAAACCACUGCAACAGUACAAAAGCGUCGACAUGUCUUCCAGCGAUAAUGCAACUGUUUUAGCACGUGCCAAAAGCUACAUCAGAAUUGCAGGCUGUGUCGGACGGCAUUGUGAUCUUGAAAAAUACAUUAACCAUUUCAAAAACGCUUUUCCGACCUGGUCUGGUGGCUCUGUAGCCACUCUUAUGGUCGAUCGCAUUAUUCCAUUUACCGAAUACAUGCAGCCCGACGAUUUGAGGGUCAUGGCUCUUGAGAGUGUGGGUUCUGUCUGUCAAUCUUGGCCCGCCCAAUUUGGCCGCGAGUCCACGCGAAAGACAUUUGCACAUGUAUUCAAAGAGGAUUCGCCUGUACUCCAACAUAUUGUUCUUCGAUCAUUUGCAGACUUCUUCUUCAUUCAUGAAGGAAAGCACGAGAAAGGAGUGGUGCCAACUGCCGAGGCAGCCGCUCAAGAGGACUCUACUCGCCUAGGCGGUUCCCUACGAGCUAGUGACAAUGAUGGCGCUGCUGCGUUAAUUGCUCAGAACUUCCUGAAAAGCAUGUUGAAGGUAGCACAAUCGCGACAAGAUGCUUGUUCUCUCACCGCCAUUGAGCUUAUUGCAAGCAUUAAUCGGCAAGGAUUGGUUCAUCCCAAGGAAUGCGCUGGUGUUCUUGUCUCCCUGGAGACGUCAACUGUGCCGGCAAUCGCUAAGGUCGCCUUCGAUACUCACAAAAUGCUUCACCAGCAAUUUGAAUCAAUGUUCGAAAGGGAGUAUAUGCGAGCUAUCCAGGAAGCCUUCUACUAUCAACGAGAUAUUGUGGGUGACUCGAAUGGUGCGACCCCUCGUCCCUACGUUGCAAAGCUUGCACCUCUCUUUGAGAUCGUCAAAAUAAGCAACAGUCGAUACCAGAAAAAGUUUCUCUCAAACCUCUGUGCCAAAGCGAACUUCGAGUUGAAGAAACUCGAUGCUAAUGGAGACCCUCCAGAGCAUCUCUUGGUGGCUCGUUUUGUUUCCCAAAAUCUCGCAUAUUUCGACUACGGCCAACUCGCUGAACUAAUACCCACUAUUGCUUGCAUCGAACGGAUCGUUUCAUCGACCGGGACUGUUGUCGCACAUGCAAUUGAAACUGAUAUCUUCCCGACCCCGAUUGGCCCUCCUAUGGUUGAGACCCCAACCGGCAUGAUGAGCCUUACGCCAGAUAUGCCGGUGUCCGCAAGCGUUCCACAGCAAGUGAACUCUGUUGCUCUGCGGACGUUAGCCACCGCGGCUGCUUCACUCUCGAUGCUGUGGGAAGCACGGACACACUUGCGACGGCUCUACGGACAAAAUUCCCAUAGUAAGGACAAGGACAGCAAGCCUGCUGCGAAGGAGUUAAAUAAGGCUCCUGGCAAAGUGCACGGUGUGACGGGAGAGAGGUUUUGGGAUGCUAUUGUGAGGAACAUGGCUUCACUGGACAGCCAAGAGGCCAUGUUGAGCAAGUGUCGCGAAUUUUCAACCCUGCUUGCCAUCGACGAGGAGUUCAAGAUAGAUCGUGAGGACACUGCCGAGGGAGACACCUUGGACGCUAUUGGGGAGGUUGAUGACCUGGGAACCGGGUUCAGUGGGUCACGGCCGAUGAAGCGCAAGAGUUCUGUUUCGAAUCCAGGUCUCAGCAAACGGCCGAAGAGCCGGAAAGGCUCUGUUGGUAAGAACCCGUCCAGUGCCGAGCCCGAUGAUCCUUGGGAUUGA